UUCUCGCUAGUUCAAUGGCAGCUGAAAACUUGCUCUAAUUCUUGGACUCAGCAGCCUUUCCCUUUUGUCAGAUCCUUGCCUUUCCCGGUUCCUAGGCUGCUGUCCCGAAUCCUCAGUUAACACUCCUUUCCUUUAGCUCUCUGCUUAGUCCUCGCCGACAAUGCCGCCGCCCCAACCGACGCCCAAGAAGGCCGUGCCCGCACCCGACUACAAAACCGUCGCCGCCCAAUGGGCAGCUGCAAAGCGCGCCAAGGAGAUUGAGGAUGCGGAUCGCAAGGAUGUCGACGACGAGAAGGAGGAUCGUGGACAAGUCAGCGAGCGGGAGCAGAGGAGGGCGCGGCUUGAGGCGGCGCGCAAGGCGGGCUACCAGGCCCGGUGGCUGUGGACGACGGGCUUCUGGGUCUGGAUGACGUGCAUCCACCUCGUGGGCAUUGCCUGCUUCACCAGCGGGUUUCUGCUGACGAGGCUCGUUCUGGAGGACAAGGCGCGUUGUGACGAGCCGCCAACCGGUAAUUCGAGCGUGCCGCACCUGCUGCCGGCGUGGCCGGGCAAGGGCACCGUCGACGGCGGCUGCUGGCAUCCCAGGACGUUUGAACGAGCCGUGAUCGUGGUCAUCGACGCGCUGCGGUACGACUUUACCGUGCCCGUCGAGGACAAUGCGCCGUUCCAUAACGCAUUUCCGUUCAUGUACGAGACGGCCGUGAGGGAGCCGAGGAAUGCGUUUCUCCGGCCGUUCAUUGCUGAUCCGCCGACGUCGACGCUGCAGAGGUUGAAGGGCUUGACCACGGGGACGCUGCCGACGUUUGUCGACCUGGGCAGCAGCUUCUCGGGCACGGCAAUUGAGGAGGAUAAUCUUCUUAUGCAGCUCCGGGAUGCUGGAAAGCGCAUUGUGCAUCUGGGGGACGACACGUGGGAGGCCCUCUUUCCUGGCUACUUUGUGGGAAACCUGAGCAGGGCGUACGACAGCUUCAAUGUCUGGGACUUGCACACAGUCGAUAAUGGCGUCAUGGAGCACAUCUUCCCCCUAAUGAGCCGGAAAGACGAGUGGACCCUCCUCGUCGGACACUGUUUGGGUGUCGACCAUGCCGGCCACAGAUAUGGACCUAACCACCCUGAGAUGACGAAGAAAUUGCGCCAGAUGGAUGACUUUAUUCGCCGCCUGGCCGCGACUGUGGACGACAAGACACUGCUGGUCGUGAUGGGCGAUCAUGGCAUGGACGAGAAGGGCGAUCACGGCGGCGAGAGCGACGACGAAGUUCAGGCUGCUCUUUGGAUGUACUCCCCGAAAGGCAUCUUUGGCAGGACGAAGCCCGAGUAUGUCGUGCCUCCGUCCACGGCCAAGAUCCGCCCGGUUAACCAGAUUGAUCUCGUCCCCACCCUGGCCCUAUUGUUGGGUAUCCCUAUCCCUUUCAAUAACCUUGGACGGCCAAUUGAGGAAGCCUUUGCUGGUGCUGACGGCACCGCAUGGGAGAAUCUCGCUGCUGUGGAGCGGAUGACGGCAGCUGGUAUCAAGCGGUACCAGACGUCCUAUUUUACCGUUCGGGGUAUCGAACAGUCUUCGGCCCCUGGCUCCCCUGCAGACCUGUGGGACAAGGCUGAAGCUCUGAUCUCCAAGGGUGGGAAACUGGACUGGGCCGCUGUCUUCUCUGCUUUCGCCUCGUACCAGGAAGGGACGCUGCGUCGAUGCAAGGAAUUGUGGGCGAGAUUUGACCUCAAGAAUAUGAUUACCGGUAUUGUUAUCAUGGCUCUUGGGGUCAUUGUUCUUCUCCUUUAUGUUGCCAGUGGUGGAGACGACGAUGUCAUUGACGAUCCAGAGCUGGAUCUCGCAGAGAGAACUCUUGAGCUGCAGGGCGUCAAGGCUGACGCUGAAGUAGCGCCUUCAGACCUUGACAAGCGUCUAGUUUCCCCCGCCCUCCUUGGGGCAUUGCCUGGCUUCUUCGGCGGUGUCAUCCACUCGUUUGUCUCAGGGGAAGGUGAUUGGUACCGAGGUUCCACUCUUGCCGCCCUCACCAGCAUCGCGACAGUCAUGGUCUCGAUGCCAGAUGUGAGAAUAGCCGCCUGGAAUAUCUUGCCAAAGACACUCUGGGGUUGGUUGGCCCUAGUCUUUACCAUCAGCCAGUCUGUCGGCUUUGCCUCUAAUUCCUACACAAUCUGGGAGGACUCGAUCCUUCUGUUCUUCAUGACAACCUUUGGCUUUAUCACGGCUCUAUCCGCGCUCAGGCUACCCUCCCUCGCUGACCGUUACCUGAGCAUCUAUCACUCGGUCCUCUUCGUGCUACUCGGGCGUUUGGCUUCUUUCUCCAAGCUCUGUCGUGAAGAACAGAUGCCGUACUGCAGCUCGACGUAUUACGCCUCCUCAACAUCUUCGACCUCAGCGCCCUGGCAGCUGGUCAUCCCCUUUCUGGUCUGCAUCAUUCUCCCAUCUAUCAUCAAAGCCUACCUACAGCAGACCCGGUCCUACGAGGGCCUAGCCCCAAGCUGGAUCGGCUACGUCUUCCGCACAGGCCUCUUCAUGUCAGCCCUCUACUGGCUCCUCGAUUCCGCCGACAACGGCAACUGGAUCCCCGGCCUACCGGACAAGACAGUCAAAACCAUAUCCGUGUAUACCGCCCAGAUGGUCCUCGGCCUGGCCCUCGUAGCCGGCACAACAGCCUUUAUCUGGGCGCCGCCCUGCGUCUCCAUCGUCACCUCUGCCCUGCCUUCGCAGCCAGGCAAAGCCCAAGUCGCCAUUCUGGGCUACGCCAACGCCCACGGCGCGCGGUAUCUCCUGCUUCCCCUCAACAUUCUCGGCGCGUGCUUCUUGCUCUCCAAACCCAUGGGCGCCGGCGCACUAGGCGUCAUGAUCUGGCAGAUCCUCUCCCUUCUUGAGAUCCUAGACCUCAACAACCUUUCCACCUCGCCCAUCGGCCCCGUCAUGCUCGCCGUGCUCGGCACCUUCCACUUCUUCAAGACGGGCCACCAGGCCGUGCUGAGCUCGAUACAGUGGGACAGCGCCUUCAUCCCGCUCUUCACCAUCCGCUACCCGUACACCCCAAUCAUCGUCGCCCUGAACACGCUGGCGGGCCAGAUCCUUGCCACCUCGGCCGUUCCCCUCCUCGUGCUCUGGAAGGCAGGGCCAAAACGCAAGCGCGUGCUCGAGUCCGUCAGCCGCGCCCUCGGCGCCUUCGUCGCCUACUUCGCCGUCGAGAGCCUCGCCACCAUGCUCUGGGCCGGCCACCUCCGCCGCCACCUCAUGCUGUACCGCGUCUUCAGCCCGCGCUUCAUGACGGCCGCCGUCGCGCUGCUGGCCGUUGACGUUGUGGUAAUAGUGGUCGCGCUUGCCGGGGUCAGGGUCAAUACCAUGGCCGUUGGGGAGGUUUUUGGGUGGGCCGAGUAGACCGUUAUCUCAUUCUGCCGUGGUCUCGAAGACCGUCGGACUGGGAAUAUGUACAGAUAGAUCAAGAGAGGGAAGGGCGUUCCCCGAAUUUAUUUGUUUUUCAAUAGUUGGGACAUGGACUUGUGCAUCGAUAGAGCUUGUGAAGGUGAUCGAACUUCGUUCUAGGUUCUAGGGCUAUAGAAUGGUAUACCCCUCUGGAGGAUAAUCCUAGAUAGCCUGAGUCUGUCGCAAGGGUUAUGAAUGUCAUGUACCCGUCAUCUCAUCUUACACCCGUCUAAUAUUCAAAUGUCUACAAAUAGACGAUACUCCUUGC